AGCGAGUUGCACAAAACGUUCCGGUGUGAGUUGUUCGGAGCUAAAAGCUGUUGUAAAUAGAAAAAUAAAACAAAAAAGGUUAUUUUCGAAAAAUAAGGAAAUUAUAAAAAUGCUUAUAAAAAAUCCGAACAAUAUUUUUGUGCCCGAUUAUUUGGAUGAGAACUUUUUCGUGGCCGCACUCGAGGAAGGUUUGCGUGAAAUCGAUCUAACGAUAAAUGAAAUAACCUUCGAAUGGGGCACUAACCCCGGUGAUAAUUACUGCUCACGCAUCUAUCGCGUCUCAGUCGCCUAUGAGCGUCUAGCUGAUGAUGAUGAUGAGCCGCCGAUACGAGAGCAACGGUCGUUAAUCGUCAAAAGUAUACCUAUUUCCGAAGACACACGUUUUCUUGAAGAUGUAGGUGUUUUUCUCAAGGAGAAAUUGGCCUACUUGGAUGUAUUGCCACGUCUACAAAUACUUGUGGGCGGUCCAAAAUUUGGUGCCACCUGCCUUUAUGCAAUCAAAGCACCCACUCGCACCAUUGUGUUUACUGACUUAAAACCCGAGGGUUUUGUGGUUGCCUCGCGACAAGAUCAACUCGAUUGGGCACACUGUGAAUUGAUCCUGCAACAAACGGCACGCCUGCAUGCCACGUCAAUGGUUUUAGCCCAGCGUGAUCCCGAUAUCACCAAGCGCAUGGUUGACGGCAUGCUGUGCAAGAAGACUGUAUUAAAAAGUGAUCUUUUCAAAAAUAUGGCUGGCAGUAGCUUAAAGCACCUGGCCUACAAUGCAGCCAAAUGGCCCGGAUUUGAAAAGAUCGCACAAAAAUUGCACUAUUUUCACGAUAAUUUCAAGCCCAUAUGCGCACACUUAGCCGAUCGUCGUGAGGGCGAUCGUAUCAUUGUGAUGAAUCAUGGUGACCUCUGGACAACAAAUUUCAUGUACGCCUAUGAUGAUCCCAAGCAACCUGCGAAGCCAACGCGCGCUAUUUUUGUGGAUUUCCAACUUAAUUUCUAUGGUAGCCCUGCCUGCGAUCUCAACUUCUUUCUCAACACUAGCGUACGUCUGAAUGUGCUAAAGGAUCGACGAGACGAUCUCAUAAAUGUGUAUUACAAAACAUUCAAGGAGACCUUGGAAUUCCUUCAUUACGAGAAUAUACCGACUUUAGAAGAUCUAAAGUACGAAUUGCGCGCUCGUGAACUUUACGGGCUUUUCGCUUUGUUCGGUUUUCUGCCCAUAAUUACUAUGCCAAGGGAGCUAUCCGAAGAUAGCAGUUUUGAAAGUUUCUUUGAUGAUGAAUCUGUCCGCCUAAAGUACAAAAAAGUAUUUGCACAAGAACAUUUGCAAGCGCAGCUAAAGUAUGGACUCAAGCGCUUAGAGGAUAUGGGUGUGUUCGACGAGUUCUAGUUUCUCUUUAAAAUUUGGUAGAACAACAUUCUAGAUGCUGUGAGCAUGUAAAUAUGUAAAUAUUAACAUAGAUCCCAAUAAAAAAAUUAUGCUAUGUCUAUGUCUAAAAAUAAUUUCAUCCAAAAUAUGUACAUAUGUAUGUAUUAUGUGUAAGCAAAUAGUAAAAAUAAACGAAACAUUUUCUAUAA